GGUCUUCCCAGCUCUCCACGAGCCAACCGUCAGAUGGAACUCUUGUCUCCACUCGACACAUCAUUUCCUGCGUCAGUGUCGCAAACAUCGUCGCCAUACUCGAGCACAUCGGAGAAGCAAACACCAAAGAGGGUCGACAUCUUCGCCGAUGCUACCAUUCCUCUAAGUCCAAUCUCUACCACCAGCUCGAUGAGCAAAGAGAACCCCUACGCGGGCCUCGAGCCGCGAAAGCGCAGCGGUCUCGCGCGACUUUUCUCCUGCCUUGGCCGCGAAGAGCGCGCCAGGCGACGUAUGAACCGGAGUCUGGAGUUUGAAAAGGUUGGCGACAAGUGCCAUUGGACCGAGUACUAG